AUGCUGAUACAAGAUUCUGCUCGCGAAUUUAAGAAGUGGUCGAAGGGCAAGGUCAAGGACAAGGCUCAGCACGCCGUCCUUCUCGACAAGACGACAUCCGAGAAGCUCUACAAGGAUGUCCAGUCCUACCGUUUGGUCACCGUCGCCACCCUCGUCGACAGAAUGAAGGUCAACGGUUCUCUGGCUCGCAAGUGCCUUGCUGACCUCGAGGAGAAGGGCCUCAUCAAGCCCGUUGUCACCCACAGCAAAAUGAAGAUCUACACCCGCGCUGUCGGUGGUUCCUAA